AUGGGUAGAGUUGGGAAAGAUUUAAAAAAACCGAAAGGCAAGACGUCGGCUUAUGCAUUCUUUAUGCAGGCAACAAGAGACGAGCAGAAGAAAAAUUCCGGUAAGCCUCUGUCCUUUUUGAAAUUUUCCAAAAAAGCUUCUGAAAAGUGGAAAAAUUUGUUUGACGAAGACAGGAAAACAUAUAAGAAAAUGGCAGCCAAUGAUUCAGUUAGAUACAAAUAA